AUUUAAAGCGAUUAAUCAUCUCAACUUGGAAAUGCCCUCCUAAUUAGAAAAUGUCUCUCUGUGUACAUUCAAAGUGAAAAAUCACAUUUUGAACGAAUAUAAAAUUUGAAGGAUAGCAGUUCUAACAUUUGUAGCCAUUAGUAGCUCGAAUGGUUCUGAUCAAUCCCGAUAAUGUUCGAGUAUUCGAUCGACUUGUUUGGUUAAGUUACCUCGUUACAUUCGAUACGAAAGACAAGACUCGACAUUUUUAAAGGCAUCGAACAAAUAUGAUCGAGCCCGAUAAUACCGAUCAGAAUGGUUUACGAUCGGACGGUAGACGAGCGCUAGAAUUAAGGCAGAUUCGAGUGCGAAUGGGUGUUUUUGGUCAAGCCGAUGGAAGUGUUUACAUCGAGCAAGGUAACACCAAAAUUUUGGUUACAGUGUAUGGCCCGCACCAGCCACGAGGCUCUUCAGGGAGAAGUAAUACGACUAAAGGCAUAGUGAAUUGCCAAUACAGCAUGGCAGUGUUUAGUUUCUCUUCUGGAGAACGUAAGCGAAAGCCAAGAGGAGAUAGGAAAUCACAAGAGAGAUCUCUUCAGUUGAAACAUGCGAUGGAAGCGAUAAUACAUUUAGAAUUGUAUCCACGUUCACAAAUAGAUAUUUACGUAGAAGCGUUACAAGUCGAUGGAAGCGAAUAUUGCGCAUCGGUGAAUGCGGCAACUCUUGCGCUUAUCGAUGCUGGGAUACCUAUCAAGAAUUAUGCUAUAGGCUGCACUAUAACAUCAAUAAAUACUCUAUCUUCGGAAGAGGAGGAUAGUGCGCUAGGGAAGGGAGUCUUGGAUGCAAAUUAUGUUGAGGAAUGCGCUCCUGGUGUUACUUUGUCCGUUGUCGCAUUACCGAAUAGCGAUGGUAUGUCGAAAGAUGGCUUAAUAGUAGUGGCGCAAGGAGCUGGCCAAAGACUGCAUUUGUCUCAGUUUGAAUCCUUAAAGACUCGCGUGUUGGGCGGCUGCCAGGAUAUAAAGACGAUCCUAGAUCACGCGGUUAGACAAUAUUUAACCGAGCAAUCUCUCCCUUCUCUUUUCCAUGUUGCGCUAGAUUAAGUACAUUGAUGUAAACAAUUUGAAUUUUUUAGUAAACAAUUUGAAUUUUAUCAUAAAGAAUGUGUACAAAAUUUAACAGCAUACUUUUCUUAAAAAGAAUACAUACUUUUUAAUUAUAAACUAUAUCGAUACUCUGCAUAAAUAGUGUGUCUCCUUAAAAAAAUAUACGCUGAAAUUCUUUCCAAA